UUUGAUUGGCGAGAAUAUUAUCAUAUGAUGCCUCCUGACUACAAAAAACAUUGUAGUAAAACUUUACUUCUCGAUAUGCUUAGCAACCUUCCCGAGAAUGUAAUUGAUGAUAUUCUUACGUGUUUGCCUUUACGAGAUGCUGUGAGGACAAGCAUCUUAUCGAAGCAAUGGAGGCGUAACUGGUGCAGACUUCCAGUGUUAACGCUUGAUCAAGCACUUUGGGAAACAACAAAUAACUCAAUACCCCUUGCAAUUCGGUUUAAAGACAUUAUCUACGACCUUUUGACCCUCCAUGUCGGACCAAUUACUAAGUUUACCCUCUCGAGUAUUGCCAAUCUGGGAAAUUACCCUAAAAUUGACAACCUGGUAUCUUUCCUCUCAAGAAAUGGCAUUCAACAUCUUUCUCUUCAAUUUCCCAAGGAUAACCCAUACAAAUUGCCUUCUUCAUUUUUCACAUGUUCGCAAAUGAGACAUUUGAGACUCCAAAAUUGUUCAAUUCAGCCUCCAUCUGCCUUCAGAGGAUUUGAUGAGUUAGUUAGCCUUGAACUGUAUGACAUAACAUUUUCAUCCGAAUUGCUUAAUAUUUUAAUCUCUCGUUGCCCGUUGCUCGAGAAGUUGGUGCUGCAAAUCUCAAGUAUUUUAAACCACAUCCAAAUUGAUGCUCCCAAGUUGAGAUCCUUCGACUUCAGUGGCGGUAUAAAUGAUAUUUCGUUGAUGAAAGCACCUCUUCUUGUGAAACUUUCACUUUUUAAUACAGCAGUACCUUCUGGGGAGGCUGGACAACUUGAUCUUGCCAAUUACUUUGCGUCUUUUCCUGCCUCGAGCAUCUCAACUUGGAUUACCUUAGUGUCCAGUUCUUGGCUGCAGCAUCAGGCAACGUACCAGCAAAGCUUUCCUCUCCUCUUCAUUGUCUUAAACAUCUUUGCUUAACCACCAUUUGUCUGGAUGAAUUAGCUGAGCUGUCGUAUGCUCUUUGCUUGAUAAGAAGCUCCCCGUAUUUACAAGAUAUUCAAAUGAAGGUGUAUUAUGUGGCAUUGGAUAAAUUGAUUGAUCCUGUGCCCGGUGAUGUUGUCAAUGAUAUUCCUGCAAGCUUCUCAGGUGUGACACUAAAUCACCUCAGGGUUGUUAAGCUUGAAGGUAUUACAGGCACAAAGCCUGAAAUUGAGCUUAUCAAGCUUCUAUUAGCCAAGUCUCCCGUGCUGGUGAAAAUGCUAAUCCAGCCCAACACAGGAAAAGUAUUUGCUGAAACGAGGCUAAAGAUAGUUGCAGAGAUAACAAAAUUUCCAAGAGCAUCACCUAAAGCAGAAGUUCACUAUAACAUAGAUAACAAUCUUGUUUGAUCGCUAGUCUUUUAUCAUACAAUGAUAUUGGCGUAAAUUUUUGUAAGUUAAGAUGAACAGAUGUUAGUUAUGGUGUAUGCUGUAGAAUAUUGGCUGUGUUUUGCGAACAUACACCAAACUUCAUGUUGAUGUUCUGGUAAGGCUGUUUACAUUGUUAAAAAGCUAAGGGUGUUCACAUUUCAUUCUGAACUUAAAUGAUGU